AUCAAACUAAAAUAUCAUACACAUACAUACGUACACAUACAAUUUUUACUUAUAGACUCAGCUUCAAAAUUUAUUUACAAGCCCAACAAAAACUAAAAACAAAAUCAAAAAUUUCAACAAUGAUGACAUCUCCAUCUCCAGCUCCAGCUCCAGCUCCAGCUCCAGCAUUCUUCCCCUCCUCCUCAUCCCUCAAUCACCCCCCCAAAUCACUCCUCCCCUAUGCGACGUCGUUUCCUCCUCCACUCCUCGCCGUCGACGCCGUUGCUCGGAGAAGAUCGUUUCCGCCGCUGGUGCGAGCAUCAACGACUGUCGACGCGGCGGCGGUGCUGUCGGAGGAGGAAGAGAAGGCCGAGGCCAAGAUCGGAGCUAGGGUUAGGGUUAAGGUUCCAUUGAAGGUGUACCAUGUUCCCAGAGUUCCGGAGACUGAUUUGACUGGAAAAGAAGGGGUUUUGAAACAGUACGUUGUUGUUUGGAAAGGGAAACGAAUUUCGGCGAAUCUGCCUUUCAAGGUUGAGUUCUUUGCAGAUGUGGAAGGCCGAGGAAAGGUCAAGUUCUUCGCGCAUCUCAAGGAAGAUGAGUUUGAGUACCUUGAUUGAUUGAUUGAUACACUUACAGUUGAGUUUUUGUUUUGCCUUUGCUUUCAAUUAAAAUCCUAAUGUUGUUGUUGUUAUCAUGAAUGCCACUACUGGAAUAAUAACUCCGCCGUGCAGGUUUUAUUUUGGUAAUUGAUGUAGAUAAUUGAUCUAAUAUGUUCAGUGAAUUAGUAUUUUGGGGGGUUUAGAAAGUUUCAAUCAAUCAAUUGUUUUUGUUUAA